AGAUUUUGACAAGACAGAGAAUGGAGAAGGUGGGGCUUGGUGAAAGGAUGGUCGAAGAGAGGAAAUGACUUCCCCAAGAAGCUGAUGAGGGACCAAAGACAAGAAGAGAGGUUUGCAACAUGCAAGAAGCCCUGGGAAGACAUACUGAAUAUUUGUAACUGUUUUGUUCCUGGGAAGGGCCAUCACAUCCGUUCUAACAAGACUGAGCUCAGUGCUAGUUCUUCCGCUGUACUGAUACUACACAUUUUAUUCUUCAAUGCAUGGAAUAUGUGUCAGCAGGAUUAAACCAGGACAGUCUUUUGAAUGUGGAAUUCCAGAGAAGGCACUGGCUGUGACUUCUGAAGUAAGCCAACAACAUCCUGAAAUUUUUAAUUUUUCUCAGAUACUUUUAUUACUCAACUGAAACUUUCUGCAGACAUCUGCUCUAAAAUACUUUGACUUCGAGCAAGUACUGUUGCCAGGCUGAUCUAAAAGCUUGAGAUGGCUCUGACUUCUCCAAAAUCUGCAGCAGGGGAUUUGGCACAAAGAGAAGAACUCAUGCUCCAUGAUGGAAACAAUUUCCAUUUCCUCUCUGCAAACGUCAUCACAAUAGUGGAAAGAUGUAUGAGUUCCAUGCAAGCUGGUACCCAAAUGAUCAAACUCCGUGGCGGUUCCAAAGGGCUGGUCCGUUUCUAUUACCUGGAUGAGCACAAGUCAUGUAUUCGCUGGAGACCCUCCCGAAAGAAUGAGAAAGCCAAAAUUUCUAUUGACUCCAUUCAGGAGGUCUGUGAGGGGAAGCAAUCGGAGAUCUUUCAGCGCUAUGCCGAUGGCAGUUUUGAUCCCAACUGCUGCUUCAGCAUCUACUAUGGAGACCAUAUGGAAUCUCUUGACCUGGUGUCUUCCAGUGGAGAGGAAGCACGCACCUGGAUCACGGGGCUAAAAUACCUGAUGGCAGGGAUCAGUGAUGAAGACAGCCUCUCAAAACGCCAACGGACCAGAGACCAGUGGUUGAAGCAGACAUUUGAUGAGGCAGAUAAAAAUGGUGAUGGCAGUCUGAGUAUUAAUGAGGUGCUCCAGCUAAUGCACAAACUGAACGUCAACCUGCCCCGACAAAAGGUCAAGCAAAUGUUUAAGGAGGCUGAUACGGAUGACAACCAGGGCACCUUGGGCUUCGAUGAGUUCUGCACCUUCUAUAAGAUGAUGUCAACACGACGUGAUUUGUACCUGCUAAUGCUCACCUACAGCAACCACAAGGACUACCUGGAUGCAGAUGACCUGAAACGCUUUCUGGAAACUGAACAGAAGAUGACGAAUGUGACUAAAGAGCAUUGCCUGGAAAUCAUCAGCAAGUUUGAGCCGUGCCUGGAGAAUAAGAAGGAAGGAGCUCUGGGCAUUGAUGGUUUCACCAAUUACAUGCGGAGUCCAUCAGGGGACAUAUUCAACCCAGAACACUACCAAGUGAAUCAGGACAUGAGUUAUCCUUUGAGUCACUAUUUCAUUACCUCUUCACAUAAUACCUACCUCAUGGGAGAUCAGCUGAUGUCCCAGUCCAGGGUGGACAUGUAUGCAUGGGUGCUACAAGCUGGCUGUCGUUGCGUAGAAGUUGACUGCUGGGAUGGGCCGGACGGUGAACCAAUUGUCCACCAUGGAUACACUUUGACUUCCAAAAUUCUCUUCAAAGAUGUGAUUGAAACUAUCAACAAAUAUGCCUUUAUCAAGAAUGAGUACCCUGUUAUCUUGUCAAUUGAGAACCAUUGCAGUGUCGUUCAGCAGAAGAAGAUGGCUCAGUAUCUUACAGAAAUUCUGGGAGACAAACUGGAUCUGUCUUCUGUGCACAAUGAUGAUUCUACCAAGCUCCCUUCACCAGCAAGUCUUAAAGGAAAGAUACUAGUAAAGGGGAAGAAACUUCCAGCCAACAUCAGUGAUGAUGCAGAGGAAGGUGAAGUUUCUGAUGAGGACAGCGCUGAUGAGAUUGAUGAUGACUGCAAACUAAUGAAUGGAGAUGCAUCUACUAAUAGGAAAAGAGUGGAGAAUAUAGCAAAGAAAAAACUUGACUCACUGAUAAAAGAAUCUAAAAUCCGUGACUGUGAAGAUCCAAAUAAUUUUACAGUUACCACUCUACCAUCAUCAGGAAAGGCUGGUCUGAAAUCAGAUAGUAAGAAGAAUAAAGUUGAGGAUGAUGUGGAAUCUGGGGAAGACUUCAGUACCAACAAAAGGCACAGCCGGUCCUUGAUGGGCAGUUUUUCUAAACGCAAGAAAAAAGGAAGCAAAUUGAAAAAGGCGACAAGUCUGGAAGAGGGUGAAGAUGAUUCGGAUUCUCAAGCAAAUGUAGCCAAGAGCUCUGUACAUUACAGCAGGGUAAACCGACAGAAGAAAACAAUGAAGCUGUCCAGGGCACUCUCUGACCUGGUGAAAUACACAAAGUCUGUUGGCAUCCAUGAUGUUGAAACUGAAAUCUCUUCCAGCUGGCAGGUUUCAUCUUUCAGUGAAACAAAAGCCCACCAGAUACUGCAGCAAAAGCCAGCACAGUAUCUACGUUUCAACCAGCAUCAGUUGUCCCGCAUCUACCCAUCUUCUUACCGGGUGGACUCCAGCAACUACAAUCCCCAGCCAUUCUGGAAUGCUGGCUGCCAACUUGUUGCACUAAACUACCAGUCAGAGGGAAGAAUGCUGCAACUGAACCGGGCCAAAUUUAGUGCCAAUGGGAAUUGUGGCUAUGUCCUCAAACCAAACUGCAUGUGUCAAGGUGUGUUUAAUCCAAAUUCUGAAGACCCACUGCCUGGUCAAUUGAAGAAACAGCUGGUUCUGAGAAUUAUCAGUGGUCAACAACUCCCAAAACCUCGGGAUUCCAUGUUGGGAGACAGAGGAGAGAUUAUAGAUCCAUUUGUUGAAGUAGAAGUUAUAGGCUUACCUGUUGAUUGCUUCAAAGAACAAACUAGAGUAGUUGAUGAUAAUGGUUUUAACCCCAUGUGGGAGGAAACGCUGGUGUUCACAGUGCACAUGCCAGAGAUUGCACUGAUUCGGUUCCUUGUGUGGGAUCACGAUCCAAUCGGGAGGGAUUUUAUUGGACAGAGAACAAUAGCUUUCAGCAGUAUGAUGCCAGGUUACCGACACGUGUACCUGGAAGGUAUAGAAGAGGCAUCCAUCUUCGUUCAUGUGGCUAUCAAUGACAUCUGUGGUAAGGCCAAACAAGCUCUGGGUCUAAAAGGCCUGUUUCUCAGAAAUCCAAAGCAGGCCUCUCUGGACAGUCAUGCUGCUGGGCAGCUUCAUCGCAAACAUUCCUUUAGCAGCCACAUCUUGAGACGGACAGCCAGUGCACCCACCAAAAGCCAGAAGAAGAACAAGAAAGGCUUUCCUGAAAUUGCUUUUGACUCAAAAGACAACAGUUCUGAAGGGGCCGGCGAAGACCGAGAAGUGGAAGCUGCUUCACAGCCCCGCUUUGAGCAAGAGCCAGAAAGUGCUUCUCUGUCACCAGCUCCCAGAGAUGGUGCCAGUGGGGAGGUACAUGGCAAGGUGUUGAAAGAUGUCCGCCAUUUCUCAAUACAGAGGUCAGUCACUUCUUUAUGCAGCCUCGAAACUAUCACUGAGGAGCCUGUUAUUGCCAAUGAAACCCACCACAGCAGCCCUUUCUUCCCUCUACCUGUUACUCCUUACAGUGAUUCUGAAGAAGGGUCUGUGUCUGACCAUUCCGCCGAAUCUCGAUCAGAAGCAAGCGGCGCAUCCAACCAGCCUCAAGAGCCUCUACUCACUCGAGAACAAAGAACAAAUCUGGCUGCAGAAGACCAAGUGCAGGUAGUCACAAGAGCAACUGACACAAGUUUAGCAGUCCAAGAUGAGAGGACGAGCAUGGCAGGAUGUCUCAAAGAAGCAAAUGGUUGGACACAGGCAUGUGGUAAAGCUGAAGAUCAGUCUGGGUUGGCGGCGCAUCCUCAGAAGGGCUGGCUGGUAGCGGCAGCAGGGAGGACUGAUACCCAACCUGCUGAAAACUGCCAGAAGGAAAAUGACCAGUCAGGUCAGGUGUUAUCAGACAUGAAAACAACCACUGAAUCCAAAGGCCAAAAACUCAGUGCAGCAGCUGUUCCAGUGCAGCAAAACAAUGUUAUUAACAGCACACAGACAACUUUGCCUCCAGAUACGCUCCAGAAAGCCCAGGCUGGACAGGCUCUACCUGCUUCUGUUUCUCAGACAAACUCUUACAUGUUAGUAAGACGGUCAAAGAGUGAAGGACUGAAGAUGUUGGACUCCUCAGCCUUAAUAAAAAUUCCGAAUAGCCUGUCUCCAGCAGCAGAAGUAUACUUUGAUGCCACUGUUAAUGACCGGAUCUGGAGCAAGCUAGAUUGCAGCAAUCAUCGUGACAGCAUGUCUUCCUCUUCCAGCAUGUCCUCCAAUGACACUGUGAUAGACCUCUCUCUACCCAAUCUAGCUCGCAAAAGCCUCCCAGAUCUUGGCAUCCGUCAUGAAAAUUUUGAGCCCCUUGCCAUAAGAAAGGGUAUGCGCCCACGAUCUGCUACCACAUCCAGUAAUGAGAUGCCAAUGGUGAGCAAGAGCAAAUCCAAUCCUAACCUGAGGUCUGGCCAGCUUCCAGCAGAUGAAUUGUGCCCCCGUCCUCUUGCCAGGAGCCCUCAAGACUCAUUCUCAUCCAUUCCCAGAAGGCACACCUGGAAUAGGCUAUACAUGGAAAGUCUCAGACAGUCUUCUAACAAAUCCAAAGCACAGGAUAUGGUUGGGAACAACCAGGCAAAAUCCAAGAGUCUUGGAGACCUUACCUCUGAUGAUAUUGUCUGCACUUUCGAAAGCAAAUACCGUAGCAUCAGCAGGAGCUUUGUCACUCGGUCGAUGCGGGAGCAGCGCCGCUCUUCAGGCCUGAGAUCCUCAGUCAAAUCCCAGGAUGGACUGACUGAGCAGCUAAAGAAGCUGACGGCCUUUCAGCAGGAAAAUGAUAUCACUUCCCCUAUCAGUCUUGAUCCAACGGAGUCUGAAGAGGAAGGGGAGAGCCUGGGACUGCUCCGCAGGUCUUCGUCGCGCAGUCAGAGCCGGGUGCGGUACAUUGCCAACAGGGCCAAGCAAGCUCAGGAGAGACAGCGGCUGCAGAGCCUGGGCCAGCUCAGCGGGAGCCCCAUUGAGGAGAGGGGAAAUCCAGAGGGAGCCUGCAGCGUUGCUAAAGCAGGUUGUAUGGAUGUAGCUUCUCCUGCCGUGUUUACAUCCCAGCCUAAAAACCAAACGGACUAUAACGCUGACACAGAAGUCUUCUUUAUGCUGAAACUGUAGUUCUGGGGAGCACUGAAUAAGGCAAUGUUUACAUUCCUGUCAAAACAAAACACAGUGACCUGAGAGGCACAAAAUAUCCUCAUAUGGCUUAGUGCUUCCUGGCCUUCCCUUGACUGUAAGGGAACUUAAUAUCGUGAAUCCAAAAGAAUAGAUGAGUGUUAAAUUUGUUGGCCGUUUGUGGAAACAGAACAAUCAAGUGAAAUCAGCGACUUAACAUUUUUACAGUCCUAAUGAUCUGACCUCCUUUGGGUUUUUUUAAAUUAUAUUUUUCCCAGCCUCAAAUUUGGCUUCCUUUGUGUGCGACCACUUUUUUGCAUUUGCAGUUUGCUCUGUGCAAAUCUUAUGUUCUUUACUAAUUUCAGUAAUUGCUUCUUACAAUAGGUAAACAUCUAUGUGAUGUUAAUGACAGCUAAGGUAAAUUUUGCUCUUGCCAGUUGUGGAUCUGGGAAAAGAGGCUGGAUUUAAAAUCAUGCUCCCUGUUCUGUUUUAUCUUUUGGAAGAGUUUGAGGCCUCUGAGGGUGUCUUCUCUGGGAAAUACUCAAAAUUCCAGUGUAAUUGUUUCAUGAAUUAAUAAUGUAGUAGAUAAAGUCCAUCUCCCACUGUGGACCUGCUUAUUUCAGUGAAAAUCCAUAUUUUCUCACUCUUUGAAUAAGAGCUCUCACUACGUUCCAAAGCAAUGCUUUUUUAAACCAAGCUUGUUUAUAUAUAUAAAUAUAUAUAUACCUGUGUGUGUCUGCACAUAUAUGUACACAUGCACACACUUAAACUGAACUGUGACUGUUCCUUGUCUCAAAACAUAAUCUGUGGGAAUGAGACAGGUAAGAGAAGGGAAUUACUAAAAAUAGACAGGAAAUAUCUUCUGAAUUUAAUUCAGAAAUGGCUAAAAAGCAUGCUAGGCUUUUAUUGGAAACAGCACUCUCCCUUCUUUAUGGUAUUUUAACAAUGCUGCUGUACAUAGCACUUUUUGGAUGAAUUUUACUAUUUCUGUAUUGCACUGCCAUGCAAAGUUUUCAAUGAUAUGUUUUAAAAAAAGAGAUAUUUAAUUUUUUUAGAUGGACAUAUUUAGAAUUAAAUACUAGCCUAACCAGAAUAAUAAUUUUUCCUCCCUGAUUUUUUUUACUUUUUAUUUUUAGGGAUGUUGUCCCCCCCCAAUUAUUAUGUCAUUUAUUAUAGAUGUACAUUUUAUCAGUGAUGGAGAAGAAUGUUUACUGAGAUGCAUUUUAAAGAGAAAAGAGGUUUAAUUUUAUUUCAGGCUGCAUAGAGUCCCUAUUAUUGAGAGGAUAUUUUGCUUUUGUUUGUAAUGAUUCUUUUGUGUAUAUUGCAAAAUCUAAAAAUUUGUUUGUAAAACCACCUUAAACUACUAAAAUAAACAUAUUUAACCUUCCA